AUGAGUAACUUGGAUUUAAGACCAAAAUAUGAAAUAGGUGAAAAAUUACUUUGUUUCCAUGGUCCUCUUAUGUAUGAAGCAAAAUGUUUAGACGUCAAAGUGAAUGAAGAUGGUGUGAUGUAUUUUGUGCAUUACCGAGGUUGGAAUAAGAACUGGGAUGAAUGGGUUACGGACAAACGCAUGUUCAAGUAUAAUGAAGAGGGUUUGAGAAAACAAAAAGAAUUAGAACGACAAAUAAAAUCGGGAAAGGUUAAGGUUUUGAGAAAGUCCGACUUAAAGUCACAGUCAUUGCCACCUCCAGAAGUCCUGGAGGACGUCGAACGGACUCUGAAGCCUGGUGAAGUGAAGCAAGAGGUAGAUGAUCCUAAGACCAAGAAUAUAAAGAUCGACGAAGAAACCAACCGGAAAACUGAUGCUCGUGUCCCUGCCGAAGUAAAAGAGACUGAAGAUAUUAAACCACCCAUUAAGUGUUGUGAAGAUUCAUGCGCAUCGUCUAUUCCACCUGUCACAGUAACAAGUAGGACAAGAAAAAGUCGGGUGUCAUCAGUGCUAAAGUCUCUUGAAAAUGAAGAUGGCCUUCUCUCUCAGCCGCGUUUGUCGAUGUCACUGCCUCCAUGUUUGAAAUCUUGGCUCAUGGAUGAUUGCGAUUUAAUUACUCGGCAAGCUCGGCUUUAUAAACUGCCUGCUUCUCAGCCAAUCUGUAAUCUGUUAUCAGAUUUCUUAGAAACUUCUGAGGCAGAAAUGAUUAGGUCAGAAUCAACUUGUGACGAUAUAAACAACUCUACUACUUCGUGUACUGAACCACAGAACUCUCAGCUCAGCACUAACAUGCCAAUAAAUCCAAGUGUACGGCGUGAAUUUGUUGCUGGAAUUCAGCAUUUUUUCAAUCUUACUAUUGGUUCUCAUCUUUUAUACAAAUUCGAGAGAUUACAAUACGCUGAACUGUUGAAACGUCAUACAGACAAGAGAAUGUCAGAUAUUUAUGGAUCAAUUCACUUGUUGAGAUUGUUUGUUAAACUCCGAGAAAUGGUUUCAUACGUCCGGGUCGAUAUUCAUAGUCUCCCUAUGCUAGAAGCUUUAGUCGCUGAGUUUUUGCAGUUUCUGCAACAAAAUGAAAGUCGUUACUUCCGAAUGGAGGAUUACAGUGUGGCGACAGCAGAAUAUCAACGAAGAGCAAUGUGUUAA